GAAUUGAUUAGUCAAUUCGCGGAUUGAUCAAGAGCAUGAGCUCGACACGAGCUCGCCAUCAUUCCCAUUGUCAGAGCCCGGAGCCCAGCCCAGGCACACGACUACAAGUAGAGAGCAAGUCCAGGGCACUCUCGGAUUCCAAGUCUGAUCCUCCCACACGUCUUGAGCCUGACCCGAAGAGAGUUUGUUUGCGCCAUCGGGAAAAAAGCUUCAGUAUUACCCUCUCCGCGAGAGCGAGUCCGAGUGCUGUGAUUGAGAGUACAGCGGUGGCAUGAGAAGACGUCCAUGAGAGCAGCAGGCUUGGACGAAUAAGCAGCUUUCGAAGGGUAGAUUCGCGGGGGCGAGCCUGGGAAGGCAGCGAGGAAUAUAAUACACUUAGAUUCGUAGAUUGCCGUCGUCACCGGGUUUGGAAGAACGAACCAGUACUCGUACUCGUACUAUCUAUCACUCUCCGUGUGCUCUCCCGGCUUUUGUGGCGCCUGGGGACUCGAAUCCUUCUAGCCACCUGUUCUUUGUGCUCGAGGCCCUUGAGCUUGGAACUCUUUGCACGGGCCUUCUGGUCUCUCUCACAUUUAUCACCUGAUUCUUGUGGUCAGCGUUCUCGGCUCUCUCUUGCUCGCCGCCUAACGUGAGCUUCUUCGGGAACUGGCCUGGGGACCAGCAGUCUGGUCUCGGCAACUAUCAGGGUAGAGGUGUGGAAGUCUACAUCUAGGGAGCUCCUGGACCUUUCUGGUUCAAACUUAGUUUUCGCUCUUACCCGGUUUUGGGUCGUAAUCCUUGUCUUUGACGUACUUUCGAAGUCCUCUAGUCUUGGUCGUCAAAAUUCGGCAGCCCCUCGCUUGCAGCACCUUAAUAUUCAACCGAAUGGACGUUUUGGACGACCUAUAAUUCCUCCCCGGAGAACCAGAUUUGUGCAAAGUGUUGUUUCAACGCUGUUCGUUGAUUAUGUACAGUGGGCGCAAUCAGGCCGCGUAGUGAGAAGACAGAUAGUCAUUAUCUGAUUCUUGCUCACUCGCCUGCCUGUGACGAACGUCAUAUCAAUCAGUCGAUCAAUCAUGGGUUCAUACCACCACUCCGACCAUUGCAGAGUGGUACCUGGUGUGCUGCAGCCCCAUCACGUCGACCCCAGGGAGGAUGUUUGCGGAGUCUUUCAGCCUGCACCCAAGGACAGAUUAGUCCAAUGCUUUAUAGUGAGGGAUCCAUCUACACAGGCUUUAUGUCUCUUCUUGCAGCUGAGCAAGAAGCUUUCCACCGUGACAAACCGAGGGAAGUUUCUUGUAGCCGCUCGGCAAGUCACCUCCAUGGCGUCUUCGGAUUUCAUGAUUUGUGGGGAUCUCGACGAUCUUUGCGAACAAAGCGAGUUUUAUUACGGCAGAUUGAGGUCUAAUUUGAGCCGCACGGAGUACACUCUUUGGGACUGUCGAGAGGGGGCCAGACGGAAGAGCAGGACGAGCUGCUGGCCACAUUCCUCGAGCGGACUGAGACCCGGCAGCGUGAAAGUGGCCGAUAUCGGUUACAAUAUGACCUUUGGAAAGCCACAAAAAAUUGAGUGCUUGGUUCAUUCUAUAAGAUAUUGCGAGGUCAACGGUGACUCUUCGAGACCUGCGGCCGGAGAGAGUAGCGUAGACAGCGUUUCGGAAUCGACCGACGUGCUGAGCAACAACUACGUGCGUACGAAUCACCUAUUAAGCGAGGUGUCUCAAAAUCUCGCCAAGUCCAUAGCUGCGGGUGCAGGUCAGAUGAGUCAACCGGAGUUCACCCUCGACAAGCUUUUACAAUCUGUUUCAGAACCUUGGAGUUCUGAUGAGUCGCUGCAGACAUCUCCGAGGAACUCGAGCCAAGACUCGGUCAAGAGUUCUCCAGCGGCAAGCCAGGACCGGUCCGUGAAGAAGGAAACAUCGCCUCGUGGCUCGUUACGGAAGAGCUUGCCAAAGAUUGCUGUCAAGAAGAUCGACGAGGCUAGGGUGGGUGACGCGGUCGUGGACGCACCGUUGCACUUGAAAACCAGGGCGUAUGUGUGGGACAAGGCGUGCAAGAGAUACUACGCCGACUUCAACCGUGGGGACAUCCCCGGGUCUGCGAAGAACUUUCAGCUGGUUGCCGGUAACCAUGUACAGAAGGAGAACGACAAGAUAUUGCUCCAGUUUGGCCAGGCGGGGCCCGAAAUCUUCUUCAUGGAUUAUCGUUAUCCUCUCACAGCUUUUGAGGCGUUCGGCAUUUGUCUGAGCAGAUUAUUCUAGUCCUCACCCUUAAUCAUUCGACACCCUGACCCUGAUACGUGUGCAGAUCAAAUGACUCUCCAUUGAUGAGAAAGAGCAUCAUAGGGUUUCAACAUAGCCUAUUGUUCAUUAUACCAAUUUUGUAUUGCAUAAUUCUUGAAAGCUGCGGAAGCCGUCUCCUGCAAUUUUCGUGCUUGUGUUCAGAGCCUCCUCCAGCAUCCACUCCAUCUUUCAAGCCAAAUCAUACUUUAGUCUGGAGCCUUUGGUCACCUGAUGCUACUGGCAGCCUAUUUUUCAGGAUAAAACUCAGCUCAUUAUGGCCACAUCCCUGUGCAGUGAGUGGGAACCAUCUCAGUGAAGUUGUAUAUUUUACCCGCUGUUGCUAGCUGGACGUUGUUCCUCUACAUUAUUCCUACUAUCUUAGUGCUAUGCUUUGGAGCUAGUACAUUCCAAUAAAGACCAGUAUCAGUUUAUGAGAACCUACAGCUUCAUGAUCUAAGUGGUACAUCACCUCGUUGCUCUUUAGAAUCUCGGAUGUACAAAAUAGUGGGACAUAUAACGACCAAGGUUCAGACUUAAGAGAGUGACCAGUCUGGAUCGGCCGAGCUGAGGCACAGUGGUGGGAGUAGAGAUCGUUAGGUACUUUAGCAUCAUAAAUCUCCCUGUCCAGCAUAUCCAAUAUCUUCUUCAUGAUAUGUACAUAUGAUGUGGCAGUUGUCGAGUUAAACAUAUGGAAGCUAGCUACAUCGAGUGUAGAUAGACAUUUUUAGUACCGUCUGGAUUUAUUCACCAGACAGUUUGUUAAGCCCCCAGUCGAGGGAUGUACACUCAUGAAAUGGUAAUGAAGUCCACAUUUUUUA